CCUGCAGUGUCAGUGAUUUUGGAAAAGCGCUGGAGGACGCGACGGCCCACCGACACACCGCUACCACUAUCGGAAUCCACCAGACACCUUCCAACCGGCCAGGCGGGCGAGGAGAAAACCGCUGAGUCAACGGGAACACGCGAAAACACGCGUUUGGGAUUUGGGAUGCACGCCGAACUCUGGCUCGAUGGGGCGCAUCUGCUGCUUGUAGCAUCGCGCUGGAUAGCGGUCGCUGCGACUGACUGUUGGAUACAAAAUCCGAAUAGACAAACAAGCCGAGGUAUCUCUCUAGUCUGAGCGCGUAUGCAUAAUAUUUAGCGGUCGGAGCGGAGCGUCAUUGCCUGGGUGGAGUUGCAGUGCAUCGCUCAAUUAUGCAUGAAGAAGCGGCAUCGGCUAGCGCACUAGCAGCGCGAGCUAACCACUGUCCCGUAUUAUGACAGUGAUCUGCAUGCCUACGGCGUUUGAUCACCAAGCGCGUUUGACUUUGAUGCUGGUGCUGGACACGAUCUCCGGUGGAAAUUCACUUUUGCCCGCUUUUUCGUUGACAUGGCAAACGGUUAACCCGGGCAGGCCUAGCUAGCCGCCGUGUUAGCUAGUAGAAAUCACUUCACUGGAUUAGACAGCAUGCAAACCCAAACGGUUUGUUUUUAGUGAGAGGGGCCAGUGAGUGCAUGUAUAGAUGCGGAACGAGUAACGUUAGAUAUACGGCUGACAACGCGAUCCUACUGCCAGGCUGCUGCCAACUUGACAUAACAGGUUUUAAUAUCUGAAAAAAGUGGCAGGCGUGCGCGUUUCACAAUGCAUGUUCUUAAGGCAAAUUUGGGUUGUGUCACUGAAGCAAACACUUGGAUAAUAGAGGCACCGCUGCCUCCGGCUAGCUAGCUCUCCGUGACUUUGCAAAGUAACAUGCCAGAUCUUGAGUCGAUUUUAUGCUCUAAAUAAACAGCCAGCGUUUGCACUCGUUUUGCCUCGGCUGGCAAUUGUAGCUAGUUUAUCGCUGGGAACGAGGGGAUGCCCUAACCGCUCCGAAAACAUGUCCAGCAAAGCUUCGGGUAAAGAGAAGAAGUCCGGCUUCAGCAAGAAGCUCUUCCGCCGGGGCUCGGUGCGCUCCGUGGGGAGUUUUAUGAGCAGAGUCCUGAAGACUCUCUCCACGCUCUCUCAUUUCGGCUCGGAGCUGCACGCCCCUGAGGGCGACAAGGACGAUGGGGGAUUCACAGCCUUCAAGAACGAAGGCAAGGGGUCCGUCGCGUCGGACGACAGCGACUGCGGGGGGUUUCUUCCCAGGGACAAAAUCCCCGGAGUGGCCGGUUUGAAAAACCACGGCAAUACGUGCUUCAUGAACGCUAUUCUGCAGUGCCUGAGCAACACGGAGCUGUUCGCCGAGUAUUUGGCGCUCGAGCAGUACCGAGGUGACCAGACCGACGACGAGAAACCCAAGACGAACGGGGUCGUGCAGAGGAAGGGCGGCCAGGACAGAGGAGAGGUGACGGAGCAGCUGUCGGGACUGGUUCGAGCCCUGUGGACUUUUGAGUACACGCCGCAACACAGCCGAGACUUCAAAAAUGCUGUGGCAAGGAGUGCCAUGCAGUAUCGAGGAAAUGCCCAACAUGAUGCCCAGGAGUUCCUUCUCUGGCUGCUCGACCGUGUCCAUGAAGACCUCAACCAUCUGGUACACCCAAACAUCAGAGCCUCUAUAAAGCCUCCUAUUGAGGAAGACGAUGGAGCAUUAGAGGGACCUUCCCCCCCUCUUUCAGCUGGCUCUUUUGUCCAAGAGCUGUUUCAAGCUCAGUACAGAUCUUCGCUUACCUGUCCGCACUGUCAAAAACAGAGCAACACUUUUGAUCCUUUUCUUUGCAUCUCCCUCCCAAUUCCAUUACCUCACACACGGCCUCUGUAUGUGACCGUGGUUUAUCAAGGCAAGUACUCUCACUGCAUGAGGAUCGGUGUGGCCGUACCACUCAACAGCACUGUGUCCAGACUGAGAGAGGCCGUAUCACGCGAGACCAAGAUCCCACCAGACCAGUUUGUCCUGACUGAAAUGUAUUACGACGGUUUCCACCGGUCCUUUUGUGACGAUGACGACGAUCUUGAUAUCAUUCAAGAAAGUGACUCAAUCUUUGCUUUUGAAACUCCUGAGACUUUUAGAUUAGAAAACAUUCGCUCUAAAAGAGGGAGCCUCCUUGCUAAUCUGAAUCAGAACAAUUUGAAAUACGGUGCGGAAAGCAGCCGAACGCCGUCUUUCAUGCAGGGUGCGAUGAAUCCAGCGUCUCCCAACAAGAAUACUGGAUGUGAGAAAAUGAUUCUGCUGAUCUGUAACCGAGCCUGCACUGGCCAUCAAGGACGGCGGUUCGGUCUUCCGUUUGUACUAUAUCUAGAGCGCAGUGUGACAUGGGAUGUGUUACAGAAAGAAAUUCUAGAGAAAAUGCGUCACCUGCUAAGGCCAGGGGUUUACAUUCAGGUUGGACCUUUUAGUUUGCGUGUGGUCGGAGUGGUUGGAAUCACAUAUCUGUUGCCACAAGAGGAGCAGCCACUAUGUCACCCAACUGUGGAAAGAGCAUAUAAAUCCUGUGGGCCAGGAGGACCUCCUCAUGUUAAGAUUGUAGUGGAGUGGGACAAAGAGACAAAGGAAUAUUUGUUUGGACACACUGAGGAAGAGUACAUCCCUGAUGCUGAGAGUGUGUAUCUGCACAGAGAGCAGCACCAUCAGCCGCAGGCCUGCACCCUCGCUCAGUGCUUCCAGCUCUACACCAAAGAGGAGCAGUUGGCCCCAGAUGAUGCCUGGCGCUGCCCCCAUUGCAGGCAACUGCAACAGGGGCGGAUCAAACUCAGCCUGUGGACCCUGCCGGAUGUCCUCAUACUGCACCUCAAGAGGUUUAGACAGGAAGGGGACAGGAGGGUUAAGAUGCAAAACAUGGUGCGGUUUCCUUUAAUUGGCAUGGAUAUGGCGCCUCAUGUGGUUAAGAGAAGCCAGAGCAGCUGGAGUUUACCCUCCCACUGGUCACCAUGGAGGCGACCUUAUGGACUUGGCCGUAACCCAGAUGACUACCUUUAUGACCUUUAUGCUGUGUGCAACCAUCAUGGCAACAUGCACGGAGGACAUUACACAGCGUACUGUAAGAACUCCAUUGAUGGGCAGUGGUAUUGCUUUGAUGACAGUGAGGUUCAGCCUGUAGCUGAGGAGGACGUCUGUCAGCAAACCGCAUACAUUUUGUUCUAUCAAAGGAGGACGACUAUUCCCUCGUGGUCGGCAAACAGCUCUGUCGCAGGCUCCACCAGUUCAUCUUUAUGUGAACACUGGGUUAACCGGCUUCCGGGCAGUAGGCCGCCCAGCCUGGCCUCCGGAGCCUCCUCGAGACGCACAUCCCUGAUCUCUUUGGCAGAGUCAGUGGAGUUCCCUGGUGAUCGCAGCGAAGACGAUGCUUUAGCGCUUACUAACACAGGAUCUCCCGCCUUGCUCAGAGGAUUUUCGACACGGCCCUUUGUGAGGAGCAUUCAGCGCCAGAGCUUGUCCUCCAGAUCGUCAGUUACCAGCCCUCUGGCUUUCAGCGAAAAUGGGAUGAAACCAUCCUGGUCCCUGACACAGAAACUACAAAUGAGAUCCAACUCGCCCUCGCGAUUCUCUUUGGACUCACGCUCCUCCCCUCCUCUCGAGAGGAUAGGAGAAGCUUGUGACGACAAAGUGUCCACGUCUUGCUUCGGUGGCUAUAGCAGGCAUGAGCGACAGCCUAGCAGUAAAGCCCCGCUGGCCACGAUGGAGGGUAACGGCAGCGAUGACGGCAGCGGGAAACGGAUCCUGGACGAGGCCUAUUGCAGAGCUCCGACACAGUCCGACAGAAAGAGCUCUAAAGGCGAGCCCGUCGACAACAACAACCAGAUUAAUGCCGUGGACCAGAAUGCUCUUGGAGCACUCUCCAAGGACCAGAAGCAUAAGAGCUCCAGCUCGGAGAAGAAAGCAGAAGGAUCCGCCAGCAAGAAGAGCUCCACAAAGACCAAGGGAGACCAAGAGAAGUCCUCCAAGAAGCGCCAGAGCACUUCAUCCAUAACCAAGUCUCCAUCCUCCCAAGUGUCUUCCAGCCCUCAAACGAAGGGCACCAAAGCGACCAAUCUAAAAGAGAAGAGCGAUUCUCCCAAGAGUACCAAGGGUACGCCUUCAGGAACGCCCUCCAGAAGGAAAGAGUCCUUGCAGGCACAAGAGUCUCCAGUGUCUGGAAGCACAAAGGGGAAGCCGUCCUUUACUUCCACACCCCAGUCCUCUGCCUCUCCCUCGCCCACAUCCAAAAAGAGCUCUUCGGUGGCUGAGAGGAACUCUGUGUCUGGCAAGAAGAAGCUGGUUGAAAGAGGCUCCAGCAAGGACUUGGCGCACACCAGUCCCCUGGCAGAGAAGUCUAGAGUCAGUGCCACCCCUCGAGCAUCCCAACCCAAAACUGCCGAGGCGAGCCGACCCGAAAGGAGGCCGGUGAGAAGCUCCAGCAGCAGCUCCUCAGUCACCAGUCUGCGCUCCCCAAGCGUCUCCUCGAAAGACCUCCGCCGCAGCAGCAAAUCCGAGGACAAGGGACUCUCGUUUUUCAAGAGCGCGCUUCGGCAGAAAGAGACUCGGCGGUCAGCCGAUCUGGGCAAGACUACGAUUCUCGCCAAGAAGGCUGUCGAGAGGACUGCCAAGUCCAGCAGCCAGUGCAAACUCAACGCAGACGAUGGCGAAGGCUCGGGAAACUCCUCCCAGCAGGUCUCUCCGGAGCCGCGCUCCUGCAAGGCCGCCGCCGUCGAGAAGGAGUCCUCGAAGACCUCCACCCCUAACAAACGCUCUCUCUUACCAGUAGGCAAGUCCAAGUCUUCCAACUCUGAGACUAGUCUUCAGUCUCCCAUCAAUGGGAAGAGGCCUCUCGAAAAGAUCUCAUCCUCCAAAAAGCUUUCUUCCAGCAUGCAAUCUUCUGCACGGCCAACACAGACGCCUCAAUGAAAUUUGAAUAGCAGUUCCAUUAUUUUCUGUAAUGCAGCUAUUUUUUGAUGUGCCUAAGAAGAAUAUAAAGUAUAUAGUAUAUACCUGUAUUUUACUUUUCUCAAAGAAAAUAUGUAAAUUAUCAGAAAGCGCCUUUCUAUCCUGCCAUGGAACCAAAUCAUUGCCUCCGGCAAGGUAUGGUAUAUGAAUCUACUACUGUUCACGACUCUGAAUAGGAAUGUUUUAACUUAGCACUUUGUAUAUAUUUUUUCUCCCUCGAAUAACGCUUAGAUGUAACGGAUGAUCUGUACAAUACUUUUUAACUUGGUACCGUUCCUUUUUAUUUGGACAAGUCGAAAUUAGAUUCUUGCGAUAUUCCUUGGAGUACUGUACCAAUUCGCUCCACAUCUACACUUGGUGCUAUUUACAGUCCAGUGUUCCCCUGGCACUGAUACAGUAUGAGAUUGAGAAGAGUUACAUCACGAAACCUGGCCGAUUUAACGGGGUUCAGCAGAGAACAAUCUCUUUGGUACCUCUCGAAGCCUGCUCUCCCACCCUGACUUUUUUCGUUUUUGUACUCGAGAGCAGUUACAAGUAGCAUUACUGCCCCUUAGAAAUGUGCGCAACAAUGCCAACUAGAGGCCGAUAGCUGAAUUGUUGCUGUAUGAAUGUGAUCUUUCGAAUGGUACAUUAGUGGAGGACAAUCUUUAAACACACUCUCCUUAUCUGGAUAUUAACGGAGCCCUGCAUGAAUUUGUUUUGUAUAUCUUUGUUUUUAUAAUGAAAGCCACAUAAUCAUACUUGAACCAUUUCGUGCCCGCCAAAUCCAAUGCCAACAUAUACGAGCGGUUUUCAUUCGGCUUGCUUCGAGUUGGGGAUGAACCCUUGCGCAGAGGUUUUCGUCGCCCAUAUUUAUCUGUGGACAACCAGUGCAAUAGUUUUCAACAUUUUUAGGAGAACAGAUAUAUGACCUUCUGUAUUUGGGAAAUACAUUGAACUUGCUGUUUUAGAAACAAAUUAUUUUAAAUAUCAAUACUGUGCAUAUGCAAUAGUAAUGAAAAACAUUUAAUCAAGACUGUAAUGGCUCACCACAACAAUGUUUUUUUUUUUUUUGUUUUUGUUUUUUGAUUUUCUCCCAAGAGUUUGUGAUUUAAUAUCCAAUCGAAAUGGCUCUGCAGAAAGGCCUUUGUUUAUUUUGCGUACACCAUAGAAUAUAUUUUCUUCUCGAGUUAGCUCCGAGUUCAUUCAGACUAAUUCAAAAUGUUAUAUAUGACAGGAGAAAUGUAAGGUUAAGCAAGUCAUUAUUGUUACAUUUGCAUAAUAGUGUCAUUACGUCGGCCGCUGCUCAGCUUGCUGCCCUGUAAUUAAAACAUUAAUCCAAGCUGCUGACGCCACUGGUGAACCGUUCUCAUUUUCAUGCUGCUUUCUGGUCGCAGAAACCCAUCUCUUUCAGCACACUUUAUCUUAAAAUAGAUACUUCAGCAAUGAACCUAAUGUGUAGCACGCUUCUUAUUAUUUUUUUUAAUAGUUUUUUUGCGACAGGCCCAUAUUGUGUGUGCACUGAAAAAGUAUUUGUAAAAAGCAGUAUUGCAUGAUAACAUUAACGCAUGCACUUAACUAUGCAAGUGACUGUUGCUAAACAAAACGAGUCUGAUUAUUAUUUUUUAAAGAAAACCGCAUGAAUUUUUUCCAUUUUAUUGCUUUUUUGCACACUUUUCCAACUUUUUAAUUUUUAAAUAUUGUGAUACGAGAGAAUAUAUGAUUAGCUUUAACCAUAUGUAUUUCAAAAUUAGAAAUUGGCAUCUUUUUUAUUAUUAAAACUAUUAUUUGAAUUCAUAAGCUGUUGUUUAGGGUAAGACCUCCCUGUUUCCAUGUGAUGAGUUUUUAUAUUUUUAUAAUCACCGCCUGUUUUGGUUUUUCACAUUUCGCUGGCGUGAUGUGGUCUGCUCAUGCUUUCCCAUGUAGUACGUAGGGAAUGUCAUAUGUUAUAUCAGCUAUGUAACUUUAUUGUCAGCAUUCAAUCAGUGCACACAAUUCCCGCAUCGCUUGCAAUGCUGAUACACUAAACACUACAUUCAUUUGUGUUUUGUCAUUCCAUGUUUUAAGUUGUGAAGUUCUCGGACCAUGAAUUCAGAGAAGUGCUAUUACCCUCUCUUAGUCUUAUUGCAUAUGGGAUGUUUUCAAUGGCUCAAGUGCUAAUAUGAGAUGGUCUUAUCAAGCGUUUGGAUAGGACGGAUGAUUUUAUCAUUAUAAUGAAGCUGUAUCAGUCUUAUGGGAUAAUAUGCGUGCUCUUGGUUUACACACUGGACUUGAAUGAUUUCUCUCGGCCCAGAGCGGUUUUCAUGUAUUGUUCACGAACUGGUACCUGCUUUAUAACUGGGCUGUCAUUUUAUUAUAUAAACACCGGUCUAGGUCAACCAAAAGAGGAAAAUAAUAUUUGGUUUAGAAAAGGUGAAAAACCAUGUAAAUGUUUGGUUGCAUGAGACUGCGUCAAAUGCUUUUUUUGUUAAUUUAUUUGUAUGUUUUAUGUGUAUGCACUUUUUUUUUUAUUUUGAAUGUUUGUUUUUUUAUUAUUUUAAAGAAUGCAUUUCUUUGAAGAAUCAUUUGUAUUCAUAACAUUGUCUCCCCAAUGUAAGUUGGCGGUUGAAUUAUGAUUAAAAAAUAGAC